AUGAGGGAGGAGGUUUGCACGCCGGAUGUCUUCGCCUACACGGCAAUACUGAAGGUUCUGGCGAAUGCGGGUAAUUUUGAGGGGUGUUUGAGGGUUUGGGAGGAGAUGAGGAGGGAUAAGGUCGACCCGGAUGCGAUGGCGUACGCCACGAUCGUGUCGGGGCUUUGUAAGAAUGGUAAUGUGGAUAAGGGGGUGGAGUUGUUUAGGGAGAUGAAGAAGAAGGGUUUGUUGAUCGACAGGGCGGUUUACGGGGCGAUAGUUGAUGGGUUCGUGAGGAUAGGGAGUGUUGAAGACGGUUUUGGGGUUUUUAAGGAGAUGGUGGAUGAUGGGUAUCGGCCGGAUUUGGGGAUAUACGACUCUUUGAUCUGGGGUUUGUGUGAGGAUGGGAGGAUCGAUAAGGCUCGCAGGCUCUUUCAAGUUGCGAUUUCUGAGGGACUUACGUUAGAUUUUGGGACGGUUACGCCGUUGAUGAUUUAUUAUGCUGAUUCGGGUGAGAUGGAUAGGUUUUUUAGACUGAUUGAUCAGAUUGAGGAAUUGGGUCUGCCCGUUAUGGAUCAUUUGGCCGAUUUCUUUACUGUCUUUUUAAGGAAAGGGGAGAGAGAGUUGAAUGCUGUGGAGGUGUUUGAGGCCUUGAAAGGAAAAGGAUACUGUAGUGUAGCCAUAUACAAUAUUCUCAUCAAGGCACUUUAUAAGAGUAAAGAAGGAAAGAGAGCAGUGUCUCUCUUUGAGGAAAUCAAGAGUUCACAGGACUUGGAACCAGAUACCUGUACAUAUAGUCUUGUAAUUCCUUGUUAUGUAGAUGUUGAGGAUGUCAGAGAGGCAUGCUCGUGUUAUAAUAAGAUGAGGGAAUUGUCUUGGAUACCUAGUGUUGAGGCUUAUUGCUCUCUCGUUAAAGGGUUGUGCAAAAUCGGAGAAAUCAAUCCAGCCAUUACUCUAGUCAAGGAUUGCUUAGGAAAUGUUACAGAUGGGCCUAUGGAGUUCAAAUAUACUUUGACAAUACUCAAUGCGUGUAGAUUAGGUAAACCAGAGAAGGUUAUAGAAGUUUUGAAUGAGAUGAUGGAAGAAGGUUACCCAUUUGAGGAUAUCAUAUAUUGUGCUGUCAUUCAUGGUUUCUGUAAACAUGCUAGUUCAGAAGAGGCGAGAAAGGUGUUUGCAGUUUUGAAGAACAGAAAUAUUCUUUCCGAAUCUAGUUACAUCGGUUAUGAGGAUAUGCUUAACGAGCACUUGAAGAAAGUGACUGCUGGCCUAGUGAUCUCUACUUUGAAGUUUUAUGGUCUGGAAUCGAAAUUGAAGCUGAGUAGUAGCAUGGAUUGA